UAUACACACAGUUGUAUUAGUAUACACAUUCGACACGACACGACUUUCCUCUGUGAGAAAAGAAGAAGACGAAUCACACGGAACCUCUUUGUCUGUCUCUGUCCAAUCCAUAAAAAGAUGGCUUCUUUCAUAGUUUUAAACGCUUUCCGUCGGAAAAAACAAGGAAUCUCCACUAUGGUUUCUCUAUACUCCUCUUCCACCAUCAAAACUUCUCUUCUUUCUUCGUUUCUUCCUCUUCGAUCACCACCACCAAUCUCUGCUGCUUCUAGAGGUGUCUCGAUGUCAACAAACAGAGAUUCUCACGGAUCGUCUUCGCAGGUUGCUGAACCAUUCUUCAGAAGCGUUUUAGGACAGAUGGAAACGGUUUACCUAAACCGGAACCCGACUCCUAAAUCCGUCUUGGAACUUGUUCGGUCCGUUGAUGAUGAUGAGCAGCUUUGUUAUGAUCAUCUCGCUUUCAGGACCUUUGGGAUUGGUGGUUAUGGGAUUGAGUCGCUUGCAAGUUUUUUCCUUGACUAUGGAUAUACUCAAAUGGACGAGCUGAGGUUUCCUGCCAAGAAGCUUAGAGCUUUGUGGUUUGCACCUCCUCAUGCUUCUUCUGCUGUUCCUGGUGGAAGUGGUGUAAAUGGUCCUUUACCACGAGUUUUUAUCUCAGAGCUCCUUGUUGAACAGAUGAGUACAGAGACUCAGGAUGUGAUUAGAAAAUACACUGAAACAUCACCUAAUGGGAGAAAGUAUGCUGCUCUCUCUAGUGCUUUGGGUAGUUUGCCUUGGGAGAAGCCUCUAUCUUCUGAGUUUGAGCAAUUGGCUAAGGAAAGUGAAUAUGCAGCAUGGACACUUGCUAAUGGCUAUGCACUUAACCACGUGACUAUCUCUGUCCAUCGGCUUAAAUCUCAUCUAAACAAAAUUAAAAAGCUUAAUCAGUUCCUUGAAGAAAAAGGUUUCAAAUUGAACUCAGAAGGAGGAGUCCUUAAAGUUAGCCCUGAUGGUGGUUUGCUGCAAAGCUCAACUGUAGCAGAUUCAAUUUCUUUCAAGUUCUCUGAUGGAGUCACCAAAUCUAUCCCUUGUUCUUACAUUGAGUUUGCUGAACGCCUUGUGCUCCCUCAGUUUCAGAAUGUACCCGAAAGCGAAAUAAAAGAGUGUCAUCGAAGAGAUGGAUUUGAGGUUGGAAAUGCAGACAAGAUCUUCGAGAGCACAAAUCAGGAGCAGCUUUCCCGAAGAACCGGCUGAUAGCAAACAUCCACGGCUUCAGCCAUAUAUGUUAAAUCAUGCCUCAUUGCCUUGUACAUAAACAUGUAAAGAAUAAGAGCUGAAACUGUUUGUAAUAUUGUUAAUCAGUAAAACAAUAACUAAUCCAAAACCUCUCAAGUAAAAUAUUUGUAAGUUUCUUGCCAUCAUUUCACACGUCGUGUAAUAAGCUAAUCUCUAUGGAUUAUAUAUAUAUAUAGUCUCGUUCUUCC